CAUCAGCACCGACACCAGGCUGGGAACCUCGCAGCCGGGGCUGAGGCAGCCAGCAGGGCAGGUCUUGAAACUCCUGAAACCUCAGCUGGAGGUCUGUCAGUGAGGACCGCACCUCGCCCUCCAUCCCUGCGACUGCCUGUACUGGCCAAAACCAGGAACACACCAAGGCUACCAACUUCUGGACUCGAAGCACUGGACAGAAUCCAGCCCAAGGAGGCCCCCAACAAGAUACCCAACUCCAAGUCACCUCCCACCUGCCCAGGGCGCAAAUCGUCAACGGUCCCAGCUACAAUGCAGGCCGCUGGGCACCCAGAGCCCCUUGACAGCAGGGGCUCCUUCUCCCUCCCCACGAUGGGUGCCAACGUCUCUCAGGACAAUGGCACUGGGCACAAUGCCACCUUCUCCGAGCCGCUGCCGUUCCUCUAUGUGCUCCUGCCCGCCGUGUACUCCGGGAUCUGUGCUGUGGGGCUGACUGGCAACACAGCCGUCAUCCUUGUAAUCCUGAGGGCGCCCAAGAUGAAGACGGUGACCAACGUGUUCAUCCUGAACCUGGCCGUCGCCGACGGGCUCUUCACGCUGGUACUGCCCGUCAACAUCGCGGAGCACCUGCUGCAGUACUGGCCCUUCGGGGAGCUGCUCUGCAAGCUGGUGCUGGCCGUCGACCACUACAACAUCUUCUCCAGCAUCUACUUCCUAGCCGUGAUGAGCGUGGACCGAUACCUGGUGGUGCUGGCCACCGUGAGGUCCCGCCACAUGCCCUGGCGCACGUACCGGGGGGCGAAGGUCGCCAGCCUGUGUGUCUGGCUGGGCGUCACGGUCCUGGUUCUGCCCUUCUUCUCUUUUGCUGGCGUCUACAGCAAUGAGCUGCAGGUCCCAAGCUGUGGGCUGAGCUUCCCGUGGCCCGAGCGGGUCUGGUUCAAGGCCAGCCGUGUCUACACGUUGGUCCUGGGCUUCGUGCUGCCCGUGUGCACCAUCUGUGUGCUCUACACAGACCUCCUGCGCAGGCUGCGGGCCGUGCGGCUCCGCUCCGGAGCCAAGGCUCUAGGCAAGGCCAGGCGGAAGGUGACCGUCCUGGUCCUCGUCGUGCUGGCCGUGUGCCUCCUCUGCUGGACGCCCUUCCACCUGGCCUCUGUCGUGGCCCUGACCACGGACCUGCCCCAGACCCCACUGGUCAUCAGCAUGUCCUACGUCAUCACCAGCCUCAGCUACGCCAACUCGUGCCUGAACCCCUUCCUCUACGCCUUUCUAGAUGACAACUUCCGGAAGAACUUCCGCAGCAUAUUGCGGUGCUAAGGGGCCUGGGCGCCAUCACCCCCAUCAUCAUCAUCACCCCCAUCAUCAUCACCCCCAUCGUCAUGCCCAUCAUCAUGCCCAUCAUCACCCCCCAUCAUCACCCCCAUCAUCAUCACCCCCACCAUCACCCCCCAUCACCACGCCCAUCAUCACCCCCAUCAUCAU